AUGGCGGUUUCCCCUCUGCCCAUCAUCGCCGCUCUCCUAUUUGCGACCGCGUUUUCCCUAAUAUCGUCCCAGCCCGCCAAUUGCCCCUCACAGACCUUCGCCAACGGGCAGGCCUACACCCUCUGCCUCGGCCUCUCAACCCUCCAAUCGUACCUCUACUGGACCUUCGACCGGCCCACCUCCACCCUCAGCAUCGCCUUCAACUGCCCGGCCGCCGAGGGCCGGUGGAUCUCGUGGGCCGUGAACCCGACCGGCACCGGCAUGUCCGGCUCGCAGGCCCUCGUCGCGUUCAGGGAAACCUCCGGCCGGAUGACGGUCAACACCUACAACAUCACCGGGUACGCGCUGCCGCCGGAGUCAGCGGUGUGGUUCCGCGUGGUGAACUCGUCGGCCGAUUUCUCCGGCCAGUACAUGAGGCUUUUCGCCACCGUGGUCCUUCCGGCGGCGGCGCCGAUGACGCUGAACCAUAUAUGGCAGGCGGGGCCCCUCAGGGGCGGUGCGCCGGCGGCGCACGAGUUCCAGCCGGCGAAUCUGAACGCCAGAGGCAGCCUUGAUUUGUUGAGGGGCGUGAGCACCGGCUCGACAGGCGGCGGCUCUAGAACUAGAAAGAGAAAUAUUCAUGGUGUGCUAAAUGCUGUUAGCUGGGGGAUUAUGUUUCCAGUCGGUAUCAUAAUCGCUCGUUAUCUAAGGGUUUUCCCUUCAGCUGACCCGGCUUGGUUUUAUCUGCACAUUUCCUGCCAAAUUUCUGCUUAUGCCAUUGGCGUUGCUGGCUGGGGCACUGGUCUUAAACUAGGAAGUGAGUCGAAUGGUAUUACUUACUCGACCCACCGUAAUAUCGGGAUAACACUCUUUACCCUUGCAACUGUGCAGAUAUUUGCCCUGCUAUUGAGACCAAACAAGGAUCACAAAAUCCGAAUUUAUUGGAAUGUCUACCACCAUGGGAUCGGAUAUGCGAUUCUAAUCCUUGGCAUCAUCAAUGUUUUCAAAGGUCUCGGUAUCUUACAACCCGAGAACAGGUGGAAGACUGCAUACAUUGUCGUUAUCUCGAUUUUGGGAGGUAUUGCCGUAUUAUUGGAGGCUAUCACUUGGGGUGUGGUCUUAAGGAGGAAAAAAUCCGAGUCGAGCAAACCGUAUGAUGGAUCUAACAAUGGAAGGAUUUGA